UUGUAGCAAACUUCACGACGCUCCAUGCCAUAUGGUGGGCGCGGAAAUCGAUCUUUCGAUUUGCAAAAAAAGUUCGAUCGGCAUGAGCCGUCGAGGUGCGCCGAGGCGUCGAGGGCGCGUUUUAUCGAGACGUGUUUACUAAUAUAACGGGUGAUCUCUAAUCAGUAAAAAAGAAAAAGAAAAGAAAUGGCUCUCUACGACAAUCAACACUGGCUCCUGUCGCACAUCAGGGACAGCUUCCUCGCGACGGACGACACGGGUAUGUGCGACAUGGUGAUACUGGGGGAAGAUAUUCCUAGGCAAUUGAAGAAAAACGGGACGCUGCAAUGUUAUCCUGGUAUGGAGGAGAGUGACGAUGAGGAUUUAGAUGCGAUGGGAGAAUCAUAUGACAUACAAAUGGACAUGGAAUUCAGUCACAGACAGAGAUCUAACACUGCACAAAGACUAGAGAAGAUGGACAUAGAGAGGAAGAAGGCUGCCAAAGUCAAGCAUGUCAAGUGGGAGCACAAUCCUAGCGCCGUGACGCCUACGGAUCGGUCGGAUCUAUUUCAGAGGAAAGACUUUCGUAGGAAAACUCCGCUUAAAAAGGCACAGUCUCUUUUGUCGGAACAACUCGAAAAGUGUCCGUAUUUACCGCCGAAUCCAUUCAAGGAGUACGCCAAAUUUGACGGCAACGCGCAAGUGAGCAUCCCUGUGAGAAGGUAUAGGAUAUUCAUGUGUAUGCUGCCGAAAGAGGACAGGAUGUAUCCAGUUCAGGUGGUGGUGACAGCAACGGCACGGGUGUUGGACUUUAUCGGUUUGAUUUGCUAUAAAUAUGCAUGUGAACAUCCCGAUCAUAAUUUGAAGGAGGACAUCUCACAUUACGGGCUGUACAUAACUGAGGAUGACGGUGAGAUAGACUCGGCCUUUCCCUGCUUGGACCCGCACGAAAUUAUCUCCAAAUUCGAAUUCACUACGCUGGGCCUGAUCGAGAUGAAGCCGAGCGAUAAAGCACGACACAACACAAUCAGUUGCAUCGAGAAGAAGGACGAGGAGGACUUCGAGCGUAAAGACAAGGAGCAGGAAGAAGUUGCGAAAGAUUUGGCCAAGAUGGAGGGUCACACUACCGCGAUGGAGGCGCCGUUGUACCAAUCAUACAGGGUAUACAUAAUUAACAAAAUGCGAGCAAAGACAGAGAUUCAUCUCGGAAUAUCGGGCGAGAAGAUAGAGAUAGAUCCGGUGAUAACGGGCAAAGGCGCUGCCAGGUUUUGGAAUAGACAGCGGGCGGUCAGUUAUCACAUAGACAACAUCGCCUGGUGCGAGGUGACGGAGACUAAGGGAUCGAAAACUAUAUUCACACUGGUUUAUACCCCGCAAUCCAGCGCUCCGGACAAUAUUCUGAGUCAAAGUCAUUCGCUUCAUCAAUCGGCGUCCUUCAAGAAUCACGAUUUCGAGGCGGAUUCGGUGACGGCCGAGGAGAUCGUGCGUAAAAUCAAUCACAUCCUGGAACUGCAUAGCAGCCAGUCGAGAAAGGAGUAUCUCGCGCAGAAGGAGAGGAAAGCAGCGAGGAGGAAGAGCUUCCAUCUGCACAGAUGACAGCUCUAUUGGUUAAUCCGCACAAUCUUAGAUUAUUUGAAGCAUUGAGUAUUAAUAUACAUAUAUAUAUACACCACAGAACGUGAUCGUAGGAAUCGCUCCGAGAUCAGAAGUACCUUCACAUACGAUCGAUAUCUCGAAUCUCGUUGACGGGCCAGAAAUGGCGGAAAGUAGAAGCGGUAUUGUCCGUAUUCCACAGAUAUAAAGAUUUAAUGUUGUAUAAUAUCGGUAUAAAUUAUUUCGUAUAUUUAUUACAUAUUAUAUUAUCUCGUAUCUCGUCGGUGUGAAUACGCCGAGGAACGCGACUGUCGUACGCGAAGUAAGUAUUGUAUAAUCAACCGUGCGUAGUGUUGUUGUGUAUUUAAUUAAUUUAAGUGUUAUUUAUAUACUUUUACUAUGAUGCUCCUGUCGCCUGUAAAUUUAAUAGAGCUGAAAGAAUAAACUACACCUAAAACCA